CCGAAUCACGACACUUGUAAUUCUCUUCCUAAAGAAGGUAAGAAUGGUGAUUCUUCAAAUUCUUAUUAUGGACACCUGAAGCAUAUCGAGGAUAGGAUGGAAAACCUUCGGAUGCAACGAGAUGAUAUUCUAGUGAAUACUGAGCAGAAUAUUAAUAAUAAUUUGUCGCCUACAGUUGAUAAUAUCAGAUAUACUGAAUUUUUGGAGAGUAGAAGUAACGUAAAGCCUUAUGAAGCCUCACCCACUUCCCCAAAUGAAGCAGUAUGCUUUCAAAACAUUUGGGCACAAGACCAACCUCUUUUGGGGAACUCUAGUAAUGUGUUUGUGCAUUCAAAGCACCCGGGAGUUAACUGUUUGGUCCCACCUAAUGAGAUAUCUCUUGGCAGUUGUGAACUUAUUCCACGUGGCACUGAUUUCAUCUCAACAGAUGGGAAUGGAUCAUCACCAUCUGCAUCGCGUGAAUUAGGAGGAGAUGCACCGGAGAGUGCAAAUUCACAGUUCAGCAACCAAGACCCAUGGAGUAUGCAGCAUCACGAUGCUCGUUUCUCUCUUCAACCCAACAAACUUCAAGUGAGAAAGGACCCAGUGGAUGACAAGGUCUUCCUUAAGGACAAUACUUGUAGCUAUUUGGACAUGGAUUUUGGGGAGGAACUAAUGAUCAAGCAGGAUCUUCAGACUGUUGCUGAAGACGUAGCUGCUUCUGUUCUUCCCUCAUCUUCUACCCCGGAUAAUGGGAAGGGCUCUUCUCCAUCUACAAGUGAACGGAGUGGUGUAGUCCAGAUUGGUCAAGGAGAAUGGCAAUAUAGAGAUAAACUUGAGGAAGUAAAAACAAAACUUCCAGUGAAGGAAAGUUUUGGUUCUCCAGUUUCGGGUGACAUUGGGCGCUUACAGAUUAUAAAGAAUAGUGACCUUGAAGAGAUUAGAGAGUUGGGAUCAGGAACUUUUGGCACUGUUUAUCAUGGAAAGUGGAGAGGGACUGAUGUUGCAAUCAAAAGAAUUAAUGACAGGUGUUUUGCUGGAAAACCUUCAGAACAAGACCGCAUGAGGGAUGACUUCUGGAAUGAGGCAAUCAAACUUGCAGACUUGCACCAUCCCAACGUUGUUGCUUUCUAUGGGGUUGUGCUUGACGGACCUGGAGGUUCUGUGGCAACUGUUACUGAGUACAUGGUCAAUGGCUCUUUGAGGACUGCUCUACAGAAGAGUGAGAGGAUUCUUGAUAAGAGGAAGCGUCUCUUGAUAGCAAUGGAUGUAGCUUUUGGAAUGGAGUACUUGCAUGGCAAAAACAUAGUGCACUUUGAUUUGAAAAGUGAUAAUUUAUUGGUUAACCUUCGUGAUCCACACCGCCCAAUAUGCAAGGUUGGUGAUUUGGGGCUGUCCAAAGUGAAAUGCCAGACAUUAAUCUCAGGUGGGGUGAGAGGAACUCUCCCUUGGAUGGCACCUGAACUUCUCAAUGGCAGCAGCAGCCUUGUCUGCGAGAAGGUUGAUGUGUUUUCAUUUGGAAUUGUGAUGGGUAUAGUGAACAACACACUGCGGCCGUGUGUACCGGAAUCUUGUGACGCAGAUUGGAAGGCACUGAUGGAGAGAUGCUGGUGUGCAGAACCAUCAGAAAGGCCAACAUUCACGGAGAUUGCUAACGAGUUGCGAGCUAUAGCAGCCAACUUCCCUGCAAAAGCCACAACCCAACAACCUAGGACUUAAUCGCAGGCACUAACACCUUUUAUUUCUAGCACUCUUCUUGACUUCUGUUUUCCAGUCAAUUUGAACUUAGGAAAUUAAAAGCCAAAAUGUCCUUAGGGGUCAUUAGGGGGGAAAAAGAUCGAUUGCAAUUAUAUUAUUUUUCUCCCUCGGCCAAAUUUCAUGUGAAUAAUCCCUCUUUUGAUUUGCUAUUUAGUCCUUGUAGUUUAUGCACCAGUUGCAU